CGGUCGCUUUUCUGCCGCUCGCCCGCCCGCCCGCCGCUGCUCCGUCCCCCAGAUUAGCUCGAUCCAUCAUGGCGAUGCACGCAAAGGCGACGCCGCCGCAGAUCCCGGACACCCGCCGGGAGCUCGCCGAGCUGGUGAAGAGGAAGCAGGAACUCGCCGAGACGCUGGUGAACUUGGAAAGACAGAUCUAUGCGUUCGAAGGCAGCUACCUAGAAGACACCCAGAUGUACGGCAACAUCAUCAGAGGGUGGGACCGGUACCUCACCAACCAGAAGAACUCCAAUAGUAAGACCGACCGACGGAACAGGAAAUUCAAGGAAGCGGAGCGUUUAUUCAGCAAGUCGUCGGUCACAUCAGUUGCAGCAGUGUGUGCGCUGGGUGGGAUUCCGGAUCACAUGAAUGAAAAGCGCGAAGCAGGCAGCGGCACAGAAAGCGACACGUCCCCAGAUCUCCAGAACCAGGAGAACGAGCCCAGCCAGGAGGACACGGAAGACGUGGACUCGACGCUGCAGGACCUCAAGCCCCAGAAGGCCGCCUCCUCCUCCUCCUCAGGCAGCCAUCACGCAAGCCACAAAAAGAGGAAGAACAAAAAUAGACACAGCCCUUCUGCCAUGUUUGAUUAUGACUUUGAGUUUGACAUGAAGGUUAACAAGAAACCACGAGCUGAUUAUUCAACUUAAAGAAGUCGACUGGAAAAAACCCGAACACACACACAUGAGGAGGAUGCAUGUAGAGAAACAGAGAUAUCUGGACUUUGUGAAUUUUGUAUGCCUUGUUUAUUUUAUUUUUUUAAACCAUCAUAUCUCACUCAGCCUGUACCGUGUCCAUUGCUUGAUACAUUCCCCCCCCCCUCCCCUGCCACAUACCUGUGGUCAUGGUCCAAACUGUGACCUUCUGAUCUAAGUAGAACUGUUGAUGAGGCCGCCUCCAGAAACGCACCAUUUUUGUAUAGUGUUAAAAAGAGAAGUGUAUUUAUUAUGUAGUUAAUUUUUUGAUGUUUUACAUUGUGAGAACGUUUUGCUUUUUUUUGUUAAGCAUCACAUGGUCGUUCAACCCCCCCCCCCUCCUGAAUACCCUGAAUUCUUUUAUUACAUUUUUUGUUUUGCAAAAAAAAUAAUAAAACGGCAGUAGCUGGAA